AUGGCACACCGACGCAUAGAGCCAGAAGACAUACAAACCGCCCGUGACGUAGAUUUGUUUGAUCAAGAAGAAACAGACAGUACUAUGAGUGGUACUGAGGACUUCAUGGAUGCUAAUCUCAUUCAGCCCUCAACCAGUGCAAUGCAAGUCGAUGACACAGAACUUUCUGACCACGUACUGCAUGGAAGUCUCAUUCAACCCUCAGUCAGUGUGAUGCGAAUUGACAAGAGGGAUGUGCAGGACAAGCAAGUGCCAUUUGGGAAGUGUCGGUAUCAAGAGGUCAACUAUUCAAAGAUACUGCAUAAGACAGUAUACGAACAGGAAGAACGGGUAAAUGAAAUGAAGCAUAAAUUGUGUGACAACAAAAUAUUGCAGGAGCAGGCUCAGCUUGAGGCUCAAGAACAACAAUGUCUCACUGAAGAAGACCAUGCACGCCACAUCAAUGAUGUCAACAACAUGAUUCAACCAUGGGAAGUGGCCCUGGCAGAGCGAGAUACACAACUGAGCAACACCUAUAAGAAACUUGAGGAAUCCUGUGCACGACAACAGCAGUACGAUGAUCACAUCAAACAAAGUCGUGAAGCACUUGGCCUAACCAAUCGUGAGCAGACGGAAGUUGACAUACAGAUGAUGCUGCAGGAUACUUGCCAGAGUUAUGCACAGCAGCUUGAGCAGUUGGAAGCAGAAGUCAGCGGAAAGAGAGAGAGAGCUCGCCAAUAUGGAGAGAUGAUUUGCAAGACGUGGAGUGCUCAGCAACCCAAGACGCUGCAAAAGCCCCUGUCCGGAACACCAUGCCUCAAUGCAAUCAAAAGGAUCAAGAAGACACGCGGAACAUCACACAGGAUGCGCUUAGUGUCACUGGCAGUGGAUGAUGACUCUAUGGAAGGACGUGCAGAAGAGACAUCCACCAUCAAGCAAGAGAUACCACAAUCACAACCGGGCAAUGCCUCCCCCAUGUCCAUGAUGGAGAGCUCAGUCUCCAAAUGCGUAGAAGCGGCAUUGAGAUGA